AUGCUUGCUGGCACCAUGGCGAGCCACAACAAGUGGACCGCCGAGAAGUGGAAGGAGAAACUGGGCUGGGACAAGAUGACCUGGAAGAAGCUGAUUCUCUUCUCCAGAGAAGAGGCGGAUGCCCUCGUCUCGCACAGCGAGGCAUACUGGGCCGGGAGGGAAAAGAAGGAGAUUACGACAUGGGACCAUGUACCGCUCGGCGUCCAACAGCUCGUCUUCAAAAGGCUGGGUGCGCGACUGGUUGGGGAGGGUGUGCCCACCAUCCCUCCUGACGACCAAGAAAAACUCUUCAUCUGGCGAAUGAGGCAAGCGAUACGAUCAAAAACACAGAAGUAUCACCGUCAAGACAGAGCCACCGAAGACGGUGUGGAACUCGUUGAAUCGAGCCACCGCCCGUUUUACGACCCCGUUUUGGACGCCAUCCGCCAAAACGAUCCAAGUCCCUCGGGUAUGCCGCCUCGACCCUAG